AUGGACUUAUUGGACGACGUCGAAGCCAUAGCAGUAGCAUAUGCUUUAAAUAAACGCAAUAAUGCAGAAAAAAAGAAAAGAUCCAUAAGGCGCUAUUGGGUACAUCCGAUGAACACUAAACGAAUUAAAGAAGGUCAGUUUCAAGUGAACUUCAUGACACUGAGGGCUCACCCUGAAGAAUUUUUAAAGUAUUUCAGGAUGUCUAUAGAAUCGUUUGAUGAGUUGAUUUUACUGGUAAGACCAAGUUUAUCAAAACAAGUAACAAAUAUGCGCAUUCCAAUCAGUACAGAAGAACGACUGACAAUCACUUUGCGGUAA